AGGUGAGCAGACAGAAGUUGUGUCAGUGAACAGAGAGGGCUCUCAGUCUGGGGCGAGCGCUCUAGUGAGCGUGGACGGAUGCUUAGGCAGUAGUCCUGGCAGCGGCAGCAGCGGCGGGCAGUAGUGGUGGCAGAAGAGGGGAAGAGAGACGGCCCGGAGACCUACACACACUCACACUUUCAAGUUCCCUUGGAGGGAGAGGAGUUGGGGCUGCAGAAAGAGGCCGGGAGCGGUCCCAUCUAUCCCAUCCCGUUUCCCCUCUUUUCCUCUUGCUCCCUGGCUCUGUGAGAGUUCAGGAUUUGGGUAGCCAUACGUGGCAUUGAGGGCAAAGGGGCCGGGAAAGUGGGGACCAGAACCAGCGGUGUAGUGGAAGAUGCCCAUCCUGCUGUUCCUCAUAGAUACGUCCGCCUCCAUGAACCAGCGCACUGACCUGGGCACCUCCUAUUUGGACAUUGCCAAAGGCGCUGUGGAGUUAUUCUUGAAGCUGCGCGCCCGGGACCCGGCCAGCCGCGGAGACAGGUACAUGCUGGUCACCUACGACGAGCCUCCCUACUGCAUCAAGGCUGGUUGGAAGGAAAAUCAUGCCACAUUCAUGAGCGAACUGAAAAAUCUCCAGGCUUCUGGACUGACUACUCUUGGUCAGGCUCUAAGAUCCUCCUUUGAUUUGUUAAAUCUCAAUAGAUUAAUAUCUGGAAUAGACAAUUAUGGACAGGGGAGAAAUCCAUUUUUUUUAGAGCCGUCUAUUUUAAUUACCAUCACAGAUGGAAACAAGUUAACAAGUACUGCUAGCGUUCAAGAAGAGCUUCAUCUCCCUUUGAAUUCUCCUCUGCCCGGAAGUGAACUAACCAAAGAACCUUUUCGUUGGGAUCAAAGGUUAUUUGCCCUGGUGUUGCGUUUGCCUGGAGUGGCUUCUACUGAACCAGAGCAGCUAGGGAGUGUUCCAAGUGAUGAAUCGGCCAUCACGCAGAUGUGCGAGGUCACAGGAGGUCGCUCCUACUGUGUGAGAACACAAAGAAUGUUAAAUCAGUGCUUAGAAUCACUAGUUCAAAAAGUACAGAGUGGCGUAGUUAUUAAUUUUGAAAAAACAGGACCGGAUCCACUUCCUGUUGGAGAAGACACACUGAUGGAUUCCUGUAGGCCAAACAACUUCUUUGCUGCUCAACCGUGGCACAGUUGUCAUAAACUCAUCUACGUACGACCUAAUUCUAAAACUGGUGUUCCUGUUGGACAUUGGCCAAUUCCAGAAUCUUUUUGGCCAGAACAGAAUUUACCUUCACUACCUCCACGAACAUCACAUCCUGUUGUGAGGUUUUCCUGUGUCGAUUGUGAGCCAAUGGUUAUAGAUAAACUUCCCUUUGACAAAUAUGAACUUGAACCCUCUCCCUUGACUCAGUACAUCUUGGAAAGAAAAUCUCCUCAUACUUGCUGGCAGGUGUUUGUCACCAGCAGCUCAAAAUACAAUGAGCUUGGAUAUCCAUUUGGUUAUUUAAAAGCUAGUACAACUUUAACUUGUGUAAACCUCUUUGUGAUGCCUUACAACUACCCAGUUUUACUUCCUCUUUUAGAUGACUUAAAACUAAGCAUAAAGAUUCUGAACUGGUCAUGUAAUCAAGAUUUAUUCUAUUCUUACUGUUGUGUAUUUUUUUUUAUAGCCAUUAAAGAAAGUACUAAGGAUGAUGGAGCUCCAAAUCUGAUAUCAGAUAAUUUAGAUUGUGGACUUAGUUACAGUGUUAUCUCUUACCUUAAAAAACUCAGCCAACAGACCAAACUAGAGUCAGAACGAAUUCUAGCAUCAGUGGGGAAGAAACCUCCCCAGGAAAUUGGUAUCAAAGUGAAAAAUCACUCUGGAAGUGGCCUACCCUUGGCUCACAAUAAGAGUUUUAGGAAACUGUUGAAAGAAAUCAUAGGGGAAAGCGCACCAAGACUCACAGAACUGAAUACCAAAGAGUUUGCUGGCUUCCAAGUAGGACUCUUAAACAAGGAUUUGAAACCGCAGACAUAUAGAAAUGCUUAUGACAUUCCACGAAGAGGACUUUUAGACCAAUUGACCAGAAUGAGAUCCAAUCUGCUGCAGACCCGGAAGUUUAUUGUUGGACAGGAUGAAGAUUCACUUCAUAGUGUCCCAGUUGCACAAAUGGGUAACUAUCAGGAAUAUCUAAAGAUGCUGGCUUCUCCGCUUCGAGAGAUCGAUCCAGAUCAACCGAAACGACUGCAUACUUUUGGCAAUCCAUUUAAGCAAGAUAAGAAGGGAAUGAUGAUCGAUGAAGCAGAUGAGUUUGUAGUAGGGCCACAAAACAAAGUGAAACGUCCUGGAGAACCCAACAGUCCUAUGUCAUCUAAGCGAAGGCGGAGUAUGUCCCCGCUGUUGAAGAAACCACAAAUACCACCUACUGUACCUAACCAUGUGGGCGGAAAGGGACCACUCUCCACCUCGUGGUUCCCAUCUUGUCCAAACCUCAUAAAACACACCUUUGUACAUCCAGACACUGCUGUCAUUCAUGAUACCCAUGAAGAGAAGAUGGAAAAUGGGCAAAGCCCAGCUGACGGCUUCUUAUUAAAAUCUGCUCCGGCAGAGUUUAUGAAUGUGUCAGGAGAAGGCCUUAUACCCAACCAGUUGGAUUCUCUAUCUGAUGACUUUACUGGUCUCAGGAAAGAUGGAUUCAUUCACAAACCUGGUAAUAAUAUCCUUCUAGGAGGAGCCAAAACCUGCAAUCUUUCUGUAGAUGACCAAAAAAUCACAAUGGCAUCAGCUUUGGAAACGGUGCCAAAUUCAAUGCAAAUCACUCCUGCGAUGGCCCAAGGCAUCAAUGCUGACAUAAAGCAUCAAUUAAUGAAGGAAGUUCGGAAGUUUGGACGAAAGUAUGAAAGGAUUUUCAUUUUGCUUGAAGAAGUGCAGGGACCUCUGGAGAUGAAGAAACAGUUUGUUGAAUUUACCAUCAAGGAAGCUGCAAGGUUUAAAAGAAGAGUCUUAAUUCAGUACCUUGAGAAGGUACUAGAAAAAAUAGAUUCCCACCACCUUCUUAACAAUGUGAAUCACAUCAACAGCAGAUCAUCAUGUUAAUGGCAAGCCAAGUGAGGAAAAAGAACAGCUUUUUUGUGUUUUCAGAUGCAAUGGGGUGUAACCGAAGCCCUCUUCAAUGUUUGAGUGACAGAGCGACAUAAGUCAGGCUAUGAGAAAGCUCUUGACUAGAGCUUUUAGCAAUUAUCUGGAAGGAAGAUCUGGGCUUUUGCCUUAAGAGUUAUGGUUGGAAAUAUUUUUUUCAUUUUGUUGUUCAUUUUUCCAAUUAGGAAAAGUGAUGCUAGGCCACAGAGCACUGCUGCUCCCUACUACAGCUAGUAGAGUUCACUCAUUUGGGCUUUGCCAUCCCAGGCGCUUUCAGAGUGAGUAGGGGCUGGCCACCUGCGAGGUGAGCACUACCUACUGUCCUCACUGUGUCCUAUAGAACUCGUAAGCAUAGAGAGUCCACGUGGUGAUCAUGUGCUCAAUGAACUUUUCAACAAUCCCUAGCUGUGCCUUUUAAACCAUGCAAUAUUCAGGAUAGUUGGAAUGAAAGAGUGAAAAGCUGCUAUUUCGGUAACUUACUUCUCUCUGGGAAAGGGCAGGGGAGUCAGCAAACCGUCUACCUCGAGUGCUCUUCCACUCUGUCUGAGGCUGCACUAACCUCUGACAUCUGUUCCUGCAUGUGACAACAGAAAGCCUUCAGGUGGACUUGUACAUGUUUGUGCUUUGGAAGCACUAAAAGGAAAAAAUAAUAUGUAUAUUUUCUUCGCUGUUUAUACAGAAGUUUAUAUGGAGCAGUAUUGUUGUUUUUAUUUGUAAAAGUGUAAGUGAUCAAAGAGAUUUUCACUUUGCAUAUAUGAAAUAAAACCAUUUUAUUAUUUUUCAAAGCUA